AAUAAAAAUUUACCAUUUAUAACUUAACAGUUAAAUUCCUGAUUAGAGUAGUAAUCAGCUGAUGGAUGAAAAAUCAACAUUGCCAACCAAAGGAACCGGUUUGUUUUUGUGAUUGGUGUUGAUAAGCGGGAGUACAUUAUUGUAAAAUUAUGAAACUUUAUUUUAAAGAAUAAUUCAUAAAUCCAUCAGUUAAAAAAUCAAUGAUAACAUUUGUUUAAUAUUAAAAUAAUAUUUUUAUAUGAUAAUGUUCAAAUAAAAGAAAUUUUCUCCAUAGAAACUCAUAUUGAAAGAAAGUCUAUAGUGUUAAGAGUAUAAUUAACAAUAUAAUAAUUUGAUGAAAAUGUUAACUUCCAAACAAUUUCUGUAUAUUGGAUUAGCUAGUGGAAUUCGAUUCCUAUUAAUUAAUUCGGAGCUCCAAAAUACAAUAAGUGAAAGGGUAGAAAUUUCAACCGCAUUAAAUUCAUGGAAGCGAGUCACUGAAGGUGUUCAACUUAGAGACUUUGGAAUAGAUCCUUACAGUGGUGAUUUAUUUCAUGAAACACCAUUAGGACUUGUUGUUUUUUCUUGGAUGCAUAAAUUUCUAUCAUUUCAGUCACUUAAAAUAAUAUUUAUUAUUACUGAUUUAUUGACAGCCUGGUUUAUUUAUUUAACAGCUCGAAAUUAUAUUGCUGAAGUAGCAAAAAAAGAAAAGGAAGAUGCUAAAAAUUUUGAAGAAAAUGAAAUUUCCUAUACUCCAAUAGCAACUACAAGUCAAUCGUCAAUAUUUUAUGCUCCAGCUGCAUAUCUUUUUAAUCCUUACAUUGUUUUAAAUUGUGUAGGAUUAACUACAACAGUAUUUUCCAAUUUAAUCACCUCUAUGACUCUUUAUUUUAUGAUUAAAAAAUCAAAAAUUGCUAUUGGUUUGCUAAUUCCUUUGUUAACUCUACAAAAUUUAUAUCCAGCAUCUUUACUUGUGCCUGCUAUUAUUUUUGUUGUUCGAGAUAUCAAUGACAAGUAUCAACGAAUUAAAAUGAUCAUGUUGAUGAUUAUAAUCUUCAUCAUUUCUCUAACUGCUUUAUUUUAUCUUUCAUUUAAUAUUACGGGAAGUUGGAGCUUCACAAAAAAUACCAUUGGGUUCAUUUUGAAUGUACCUGAUUUACGACCAAACAUUGGGCUUCAUUGGUACUUCUUCACGGAAAUGUUUGAACAUUUUCGAGGAUUGUUCAUUGCUACUUUUCAAAUUAAUGUGGGAUUACUUUAUAUAGUCCCAUUAGCAUUGAGGCUACGCAAAGAUCCAAUGUUACUGUCUUUUGCAUAUUUAUCAAUUAUUGCAAUUUUUAAAUCUUAUCCAAGUAUUGGAGAUGUUGGAUUCUAUAUGGCUUUAUUACCAAUGUGGCAACAUUUAUUUCGACAUAUGCAGCAAGGAUUUAAUGUUGGUUGUUUCAUGCUCUUCUGUACUAUUUUCGCGCCAACUGUUUGGCAUCAAUGGAUUUAUGCUCGUUCAGCAAAUGCUAAUUUUUAUUUUGGAGUUACUCUAGCAUUUGCUAUAGCACAAAUAUUUUUGCUAACUGAUAUAUUAUUUGCAAGCUGUAAACGUGAAGUAGCACUAAAAAAUCGGCUUAAUCAAGAAGUUAAUGGUCAAAAAGUUAAAUUAAUAUUAGAAUAAUACUGUACAGUUCCAUAAUUUUUAAUAUAAUAAAAAUUUUUUCUAUUA